UCUGUGUGUGAUUGCUGCCUUUGAAGACCUUCACAUCUUCAUUGAUCUAAUUUGCACGCAGAGGGCAACAUGGCACAGGGUUCUCCAUGUGCUCUCGCUCAGUGCGCCUCUGAAACCAUAUAAAUGUGAGGAGCAGUAAAGACGCCACUUCUUUCACUUGGUCAUCUUCACGGUGCACUUUUUUCCCCUCCACCUUCAAUCCUCCUUCCACCAGCUCACCUUCAGUUCCCUUUUGCUUUCACCUGCUGCGUUUCGGAUUUGACACCGCCGCACCACCAGCGCGCACUUUGGCACAUUGGAUGCACUUCAACAUCGGAACCAGGGGAGGAAAAAAAAGUUUGGCUGCUCUUAUUUUGAGUAUUGUUUUGUUGUUUUAAAGUUCUCCAAACACCAGGAUGAGUGUCAAAUCUGACUCCGAGCCCAACAACAACGUUGUUGAAGAAGAGGUGCGGACGCUUUUCGUGAGCGGCCUGCCAACAGACAUCAAACCUCGUGAACUCUACCUCCUAUUUAGACCUUUUAAGGGUUAUGAAGGUUCUCUGAUCAAGUUAACAUCAAAGCAGCCUGUCGGCUUUGUAACCUUUGACAAUCGAUCUGGCGCUGAAGCGGCAAAAAACGCCUUAAAUGGUGUUCGCUUUGACCCUGAGAACCCGCAGACCCUCCGUUUAGAGUUUGCUAAAGCCAACACGAAGAUGGCAAAGAGUAAGCUGAUGGGCACGCCGAACCCCACAAAUAUCCACCCAGCUCUAGGGGCACACUUCAUAGCACGGGACCCAUAUGACCUGACGGGGGCAGCACUGAUUCCUGCAUCUCCAGAUGCUUGGUCUCCAUACCCCCUGUACACUGCAGAGCUGAGCCCUGGGCUGCCCCACACUGCCUUCACCUACCCUGCUGCUGCGGCGGCCGCUGCUGCCCUCCACGCCCAGAUGCGUUGGUAUCCAGCAGCGACAUCAGAGUCCUCCCAACCUGGAUGGAAAUCAAGGCAGUUCUGUUAAAGAUGAGAUAAAGAUGGCAUUUACCUGUAAUGGAGAGAAGCUAUUGCAGCCCAUACUUGACAGCUUGGCUCUUCAGGUUGUGGAAAUCUUCUCAACAGGAGGCUCAGAUGGUACCACCAUGCUAGCACUUGCCUUAGUUCUGUUAUGAAUUGUGUUGAAUAAGUUUAUAAUAAGCAGUAAAUUUUUGAGGCUGCUUGCAUUUUUGCCCCUUUUUUCUUUUUCUCCUUUUCUCCCCCUCACUGCUUUUGUUUUUUGGGGGGGUUGAGGUUGGUCAGUCGGUCGCCCGGGCCUGAACUAGAUAUAUAGGUUGUGUCCCCAUGUCUUAUGUAUUCCUCCUAUGCUUGGUGUAUUCGAAUCAUUUUGCGUUUGUUACCUUGGUCCUUUUGUGUUGGAUAUUAAAGUAGUGGCCAGCUCUGUUUCGAGGGCUUGGGUGUCUGCCCAGACAGCUUGCGCAAGCUGUGAUUAUGCGUGAACUAUUAUUUUAAUGUGCCAUCAUGUCUAGGCUUGUAAACAUUUCCAUAUAAGACAGUUGUGACCCUGCCAAAUACAGACAAUCCAAGUAUAAGUAGUCUAUGUGGAGAGAAGUGUGCAAUUAAGUUAUUCUUUUUGUUUGUUUGUUUAAUGUACUGAUUUAAUAACCUGCAGAGCAGUUGUUGGACUGUUUCUUUUUUUUUUUUUUUUUUUUUUGUUUUGUUAGAUAUGUCAUCUUGACAGAGGUCAAACACUGUGGGUGGCAGAUUUAACUGUUAACAUUCGUUUGCUGUAGAAGGACGUAUGCUGGAUGAUGGCGCAUGAAGAUAAAAUGAUGCAUGAAGGGGUUUUAAUGGAUUAUAGUACAUAUGGUCAAUACUGACAAGUUUAUUUGUAAAAAAAAAAAAGUCUGUCGAAUUGUAUGAUACAGUAUUAAACAUGUUAAUGCAUUA